AUUACAUUUUUUAUAAUUCCCAGUAGUUGUUUUAUGGGCAUAGUAUCUUUUCAUAUCCUUCUUAGGCUAUUAAGUAUGGUUCUUUUGAAUUUUUCUUUUAUUUCCUGCAUUGUCUCUGUUUCCCUUUUUUUUGUUUGUUUGUUUGUUUGUUUUUUGAAGUUCCUUUAUGAUGCUGGAGGCGUUCUUUGUAUGCCUUGUGAGCUCUUGCUCUCUGAUGAUAUUUAAAAGUGAAACACUAAAAAUCUGAUUGCAGUAUACUCCUCUAUGUGUGAACAUGUCUCACUAACUGAAACGUUCCACUUUGUUCAAGGAGGGCUCAUGGUGACUUACGAUUUGGGAAACCCCUUCAGGUCUGUACCUGGAGGUCUUUUCUCUGUGGGCUUAGAGAAGUAUGUUGCCUUCUGGUUACCUGAGAACAGAGUGGGAGAAGGAAAAUCAGAGUUUGACACUUAAAUCUGUCGAUUUGCACUGAUCUACUCCCUUUUUAGCCCUGUUGGGUUUCCAUCUGAGCAAUUUCCUCUUUCAGGCAUCCCAAUGUCCACGGGUGGCCCAUUGGGGUGGCCAGCCCUGCUCUCCCUGCUUUUGGUGGUGGCGAUACCUUUUUUCUGCUCAGCCAUAUCCAUAGAUGAAGCACGAACCCAGCUGUUGAUGAGAGAGAAGAUGCUGCAGCUGGGGGGGCAGCUGGUGCUGACCGAGCAGGAGGAGCUGGCCAAUGAGAGGCUCAUGGCUCUCAAAAAGGCUGAGGUGGUGCAGGCCAUGAAGAUCCAGAAUUUCCUUCCCAGCAUGCACUUCUUCCAGGCCAAGAAUCUCAUCGAGAAAAGUCAGGUGUUUAGUAUCCUGAAGAAGAUGCCAAAAGGGGCUGCCUUACAUGUCCAUGACUUCGGCAUCCUGAGCAUGAACUGGCUGGUGAAAAAUGUCACCUAUAGGCCCCACUGCCAUUUCUGUAUCACCCCGAAGGGGGCCCUUUCAUUCAAAUUUGCUUAUCCAACACCCCCUACCCCUAUGCCAGCAGAGUGUUCAGAGUGGGUUUUGCUGGAGAAGUAUCGAAAGGAGAUGCAGAACGUCACUGAGUUUGACAACGGACUGCUAAGGAAUUUCACACUGAUGACCGAGAACCCAGAGGUGGAUUAUGCAAACCAAAAUAUCGUCUGGUCCAAGUUUCAAAGCAUCUUCUUCACGAUCUCUGGCCUUGUCCACUAUGCACCAGUGUUCAGAGACUAUAUCUUCCAGGCUCUGGAGGAGUUCUACCAGGACAAUGUGCUCUACCUGGAGCUCAGAGCCAUGCUGCUCCCGGUAUAUGAACUGAAUGGGACCAUCCAUAACCAGGAGUGGUCAGUGAGGACUUACAGAGAAGUGGCUUAUAUGUUUGCGAAAAAGCAUCCUGGAUUUAUUGGAAUCAAACUCAUUUAUUCAGAUCGCAGAUUCAAAAAUGUGUCCUUCAUCAUGAAAUCCGUCCAAACGGCUAUGAUGCUUCGGGCCACGUUCCCCAGGAUGGUGGCAGGCUUUGACCUGGUGGGGCGUGAGGACACUGGCCGUACCUUGUAUGACUACAGGAAGGCUUUGAUGAUACCCACCUUGCAGGGCAUUAAACUGCCUUACUUUUUCCAUGCUGGAGAGACAGACUGGCAGGGUACUUCCAUAGAUAGAAAUCUUCUGGAUGCUCUAAUACUGAACUCUACCAGGAUUGGCCAUGGAUUUGCUUUGACCAAACACCCAGCAGUCUGGGCUGACUCCUGGAAGAAGAACAUCCCCAUAGAAGUUUGUCCCAUCUCCAACCAGGUUCUGAAACUGGUGUCUGACUUGAGAAAUCACCCUGCUGCUGUUCUGAUGGCCACUGGGUACCCCAUGGUGAUCAGCUCUGAUGACCCAGCUGUCUUUGGUGCCAAAGGCUUAUCCUAUGAUUUCUAUGAGGCCUUCAUGGGCAUUGGGGGAAUGGCAGCUGAUCUGAGGACCCUUAAACAGCUGGCUAUGAACUCUAUCAAGUUCAGCACCUUGUUGGAUACUGAGAAAAAGGCUGCCAUGAAAACCUGGGAGGAAAGAUGGAAUAAGUUUGUAGCCGACCUGGCUAGGAGGCCAAAGAAAACAAGGGGAAUGUAUGUUGGCUGAUAAGACUAGCAAACUAGAGAUAAGUGUUACAGGGUCUCCGCCUGGAAGGGAUCCUGAAAGCUAUGUAAAUCAUAGCCGCUUCUGGAAGAGCCACCCAAAGAAUCAGGAAGAUGUGCCUGCUUAAUUUUUAAAGCUCACCAGAAUAGGAUUCUGUAAACUGCCUCAGCCACCCAGUCCAGAAUCCCAGAAUGUCCCUUUUCAUAAGUUUGAGAUUUUGUGUGACUGCUGGGAUCCUUGCCUCUCCCAAGACUCCGUCAUUGGAGGACUGGAUAUAUAGAACUGUAUC